UAUAUAUAUAUAUAUAUAUAUAUAUAUAUAUAUGUUCCGUCUGACUAAUUUCCGUCUUGAUCUUGUGCUACGAAGUUUCUGUACAACUAUUUUUUUUAUCAAUGAAUUAGAUAGAAUAAGUUAAUAUAAACAGUGUCUAAAAUUCUAGAAUAUUUAUAUUUAGAAUAUACACAAUUAUAUGACUCGGAUGGUGCCAUGUUUGUUUACACUGGCACUUUGUUUGAUGCCUUGGUAGUGUGAUAGGGUCAUCCCGUGUGGAAACGGGAAUAUUGACGAUCAGGUGCUAGUGUGGUAGGAACUAAGUUUUUCUUUUUACUUAUUUUCUUCUUUUUUUUUGUUUUAGUUGUUGUUGUUUUUUUGUUUGCUUGUUUGUUUCCGCGAGGAUUUGAGUCUCUCUACGUGUAUCGAAGUCUUUAGCUGUUUUUUUUUUUAAUUAUUAUUGAUAAGGUAGAUAAACAAAGCUCACGUGAGCGGAAGUUAAUAUUCAUGAAUAUCAUAUAUAUAUGUAUGUAUAUAUAUAUAAUAUAUACAUCAUUAUAUAUUUGAUUAAAAUAGCUAGACGUUCUGACUGAUAAAUGAAAAUUAGAUCGUGAAAAAAAAAAAAAUCGCAGAAUGUAUUUUUGAUUUUGCAGUAUAGGAGUUUUCUUUACAUUACGAUAUUUAAAAGAAACCGUAAAGGAGACUACUAAACAAAACAAAAAAUAAACGCUGCCAACGUCUGAGACAAGGAACACCCUGUCACAUCAUCAAGGCAUCCAAGGUCGUGCCCUUGUGAACAGACAUGGCGUUAUCCCGAGAAUCACACGGGCAUUCUCACACAUAUCACGUUACUUCACCCAUUCGCGACGGACAGGUCACGUACGACCAUGCCAGGCCCACUAUAUUGCGGUUUUGGCAGACCAUGUAUAGUCUGCCAUGGUAUAACACAGUGACUAAUAUGACAACUCAAGAAGGAGAGGUGCAAGGUGCAGCUGCCACUAUGUAUAGCGUUGUGACUAUCAUCGAUGCCAGCACCGCCACUGCCCCCCCCCCCCCCCCCUCACACACCGAUCCAUCUAGUGGUAGCACCUCCAUAACAGUGCAAAGAUCAUAGCUACAUUCUUGGAUUCUUACCUGCGUUGGAGAUUUCAGUAUUUUAUCCUCUCACUCCUCCCGCCAAGGCCUCAUUAUCUCGGAAGUCUUUGCAUGAAACCCGAGCUAAACAACACCACUGCAGCAACUACCUUGUUUACCAACUAGCUGCUUUCCACCCGUGACUGUCACCCAUAUUGGAAGUAGAAAAUGAGUCCCCUUCUCCCCUCACCCCCCUCCCCCUCUCCGGCUUACUAUAAGUGAGGCAGGAGGGACGCGUGAAGGCAGAGGAGCAACACCUCAGAGAGAAUUGAGUGACGAUGGCUCCCCGUUUUUCCUGGUUCCUGUGCCCCCUGCUGGCGCUCCUCUUCUGCCACGAUGCCGCCUUUUCUUCCGAGUCGCUUCAACAGAUUGACAUCAAGACUCUCAAUGAUAUGAAAGGGGUCGUUAAAGGCGGUGGUCAGUUCGGUGUGAUGCAUCUGUCGGGAAGGAGCCUCAAAAAUUGCCAUGAAAUACAAUUCAAUGAUCCUACAGGAGUUAAUGCAGACUGCAAUUUCGCCAAGGUCUUCAAGAGACAACUCAAGGGAAACGAUGAGACAUUGCAACACAGUGAGUGGCAACUGAUCAACACCGCUCUGGAGCCUAUGCUUAAGAAAUGGAAAGAAAGCCAAGCUGCUACCGAAUGCCCCAAGACGCUCUAUCUCUACACGCUUCUUGCUCCGGAUUACGCCACCACCAGGAGACGCGAGAAGCGCACUUGCACGCAGGCGAUUGUCGAAACCAUCCCGAAAAUCCUGAGCAACUUUAAAUGCGAACUGACUAGGAUUGUCGUGGGAUUUACAACGAUUUAUGACCAAUAUAAAACAGAAGCCUGUGAAGGUUAUGAGUUGAUGAAGACAAACAACAUAACCGCGUAUCACCUGGAUGGCAAAUCUCCGGACUUCCAACCUGACUGCGCCGUCAAGGCAGGCGGUAAGAGGCCUCGCCAACCCAGUCCCAGCAAGCCAGAGCAGGGGAAUACGAACCCCGCCAAGAGGCCCAGGACGAACGGGUAGUCCAAGCCGCAAGACCGGGUCGUGAGGAAGGUCUCGCGUGGCAUUGCUGUGCUGCAACGAGAGGCUCUCUGGUCACGGCGAGGCAAGCGUUGCAAGAUGGACUGGCUCGGAAAACGGACCCGGAAUACGUCGGUCCGCAAGCUGUGUUGAUCAAGCUUGGGACUGGAUUUGAUCUUUUGGUUUGAUUCUUUUACAUUUCGUUUUAUUUCUUUGUAGAACGAAGUGGAAGGUUGAUUGUUAAUUGUUCUUGCUAUUCAUCUUCUUCAAGUCAAAUAGGAAAUAUACACACACGUGCAUAUGAACACACAUAGGCUCGUGCUGACGCAAACAAACACAAAAAACAUGUACACACACACAGAGAUAUAUAUAUACAUACAAACACACACACACACACAUACA